GCGCAGAGUCCAGGGCAGCGCUGAGCGGGAGCCACGGCAAGAGCCACGGCGGAGAGAAGCCCGGACCCGGGGACCUAGGAGGCAAUUUCCUACGCAGAGGGAGCGGGGCGGCGCGGCGGAGCAGCAGACGGAUCUCUGGGCUCGGUGCGUGGAUGUGCCCGGCGUUAGAGCGCUGUCGGGGGCGCCUGAACACCUAGCAGGGACCCAUGAUGCCCUUGGCCAUAAUGCCUCCCCAGCUGCUAUCUGCUCAUGUUCAGCCUGCAUGAGUGAGCCACCGCUGCUCCAGCUGUUUCCUGUCAUCGCUCCCUUCACUGAAUGAAACCAGUGCGGGCCUGGGUUCACUCAGCUCCUGUCCUCCUGUCUACUGCUGUGCAGAGAAUGUGGACCAACUACUCCUCUCUUACCGGCAUACAUCUUUGCAGAGUUUGAUGGGGCGCCGGGCGGAUGACAGCGGGAACGGUUGUGAUCACUGGCGGAAUCCUAGCUACAGUGAUCCUCCUCUGUAUCAUUGCUGUUCUGUGCUACUGUAGGCUCCAGUAUUACUGCUGCAAGAAGGGCACAGAUGGCGAGGAUGCUGAGGAGGAAGAGGAAGAGGAGGAACACGGCCUUUCCAUCCAUCCCCGAGUCCCCGCCUGCAAUGCCUGCAGCUCCCAAGUCCUGGACGGCAGAGGCGGCCUGGCACCUCUCACCAGCGAGUCCUGCAGCCAGCCGUGUGGGGUGGCCAGCCACUGUACCACUUGCUCCCCUUACCGCACCCCCUUUUACAUACGGACAGCUGACAUGGUGCCCAACGGGGGCGGAGGCGAGAGGCUCUCCUUCGCCCCUACACACUACAAAGAGGGGGGAACCCCAUCCCUCAAGUUGGCAGCACCACAGAGUUACCCGGUAACCUGGCCAAGUUCUGGGCAUGAGGCCUUCACUAAUCCAAGGGCUAUUAGUACUGAUGUAUAAUCCUUUCACCCUGAUCUGCACACACCCAACACUGCUGUCCCAGCAGGAGCAGUGGAGUGUUAGAGGGGACGCUCCAAUCGCCCUCUCCCCCAGAAACCAUAUCAGUUUCUCUGGCUUCCAUAGCAGAGGUACAGUAGGAUGUGUACAAGUAAAUGCUUGAGGACCAGGGCAGAACCUGUCGCCAGCCCUGUGGCCCAGAGGUAGGGACCUGAUAGGUCUGCAAUGUCACCAGUUUCUCUCUGGGGAUUUUCUCUCUGACAAUCAAGCUCUAUAUGACACCUUCCAAGAAGCCCCAAACCCUUUGCUUUGAUGGGUUGUGUAAAGACGCACCAGGGAAAGCUAAGCAAAGGUUAGGGAGGCUUUCAGAGACCUUGGGAGAUGAGGUGGGCAGACCUAAAAGAAACGGACACAAAGGGUGAGGGUUAGACAUCCCAGAGUUGGAGAGGAGAGAGGAAAGGGCGUUAACGGAGCCCCUCGGGGUUUGCUUGCUAGAAUGCACACAUGAGCUAGUUUACACUCUGUUAUUUACUUGGGUUGCCUGCUCUGAUAGGAAUAUUGAGUUCUGGAAACACCACAUCUGCUAAUCUAGUCCCUCCUCAUGAAACACAGCAAACUGAUGGAUGCUAAGCACCACAACACACGACUGCUUAUGGGGACUGUAGCAAGAAGAGUCUAUAUAACUUUGUCUCCCCUUCAAGUCCUUUCUUAUGCCCCCCUGCUAGAGAAACUUUUCCAGGUUUCAAUCAUUAUAGUUCUAGAAGUCCAGUGAACAGAUAGAUCACAUUGAUUCGCCCCAUCCCUCCAUGCCUUGCCACAUAGACUCACCCCUCUGAGGGUGUGAGGAUGCCCAUUCCUGGGGUGGGGGCUGGCUUCCUCUCAUAUCCAUCACCACCAACAGCCAUGUGGCUUUGCCUCCUUCAGGAGCUGCAGAGCAGAAAGGUCCAGGGUACCAACAAGUAAGAAAAAUCUGACCCUUUAGCAACUGGACCUAGAGGCAAUUAAAGUGGCCAGUCUCCAUGGCAACCAGAAGGCAGGAACUGAGGCAAUGGUGCCACAGUUAAGUUCCCACAUACCUGCAUAAGCUCCUCGAGAGGCUGGUGCAUCCCAUGAGUGUCCAUCUAUGAUGUGACAUUAUUAACAGGACAUUUUAUCCCACAAGGGGCUGUGGCCUUCUCCUCUGAGUUUUGGGGGGAUCUCCUGAAGGUUGGCUGUGUCUUUGUAAUUAGAUUUUAUGCUUGCCUCUUGGUAAUGAGCUAUUUUGCUGUUUCAGGUCCCAACACCUCCCACUUUUCAUCUAGCAGUGGCCUUAUGGGGUUUUUGUUUUUGUUUUGUUUUGCUUAGUGUAGUUUAGUUUUGGGUUUGUUUGUUUGUUUGUUUUGUAUUUUUAGUAUGUCUAUAAGUUCUCCAGUUACCUCCGUGAUUCAAGGGUCGCUGUCCCCAUUUCUAAAAAUUAAUGCCUGCACAUUCCAGAGUCUCGGAAUGCUAUGGAGGGUGGGCUGGUUUUUCUCCUGAAAUCUUGUUGACUGUUGGUUGGUCGGUCUGACAAAGGCAGGGUGCAUCUUACAUGUCCAACUGUAAAUAAUGAACACAGAGUUAAGAAGCAGGAGACACUCUCUGCUCAUGUUCUGUCCACUUCUUAGCUCCUGGGACCAGUCAGGUGUCUUCACUCAGACAUCCAGUUUUUCUCCAGGAAAGAAAAGCUUGUCCCUUAAUGUUCCACAAAUCUGAGACGUCUUAGACCUGCUCAUCAGCCUCUUGCCUUCAUCCAGGCCAGGGCUGGGUGGACUCUCCUGCUGACUGCCCCUGGGUACAGGGACAUUUGUUGUGGGUUAGAAACCACAAAAGGGGUGCUAGGAGGAAGCACCUACAAUUAGAAGACAAAAUCAUUUGAAUUGCUGUCGGGGCUAAGGCUGUAGCUCAGUUGAUAGAGCUCUUGCCAGGCCUGCACAAAGCCAGGUCUGCACAAAACCUCAAGUCUCCAGCACUGCAUAAAAGCCAACGUGAAGGGUACACCUCUAUACUGGGGAGGUAGAGGGAGGUAGUUGUUCAAGGUCAUCCUUGGCUACAUAGAAGUUCAAGGUCAACCUGGGAUACCUGAGACACACACCCCUCUCAAAACAACAAAAACAUUUGUUCAACUCCCUACUGAGCAACCUCAAAAGGCACAAGUACUGCCCUGGGAGCCUCAGCAGGAGGGCUAACCUCUCCCUCUCCCUCCCCGGUGCAGAGGGAUGGCUCUGCAGUUGCCGUGCACCUAGUCCCUCCCAUCUGCUCAUCCUGGGGCAUGUGCGACCCUUUGAUUUGCUGCAGGGCCUGCCAGCUUUCCCCACUUCCUCACUACCAGCCCAGUGCCUUGCUCUCCUGUGGUCCCACAGCUUCACCCUAGAUAACAAUGCCAUCGUACCCAUGCCUUUGGGUAAACCAAGAGAACCCAGCCAUCUGUAAGCCACGUUCCUACUAUGGGCUCUGGGUAUAAAGCACUCUUUGCCUUUGUGUCUCCAGCAGGGCCACACUUCAAAAUCUGGAUCCCAGGUAUCAGAGGGGAGGGGGAAUACACACUGCCCUUCAGCCCACAUUGUUCAAGGCGCAGGUUCCCACCUUGGCUACAGGUCACCUGACCCCCUCACUCUUCACUGUAGCAUCAUGAGCAUCUUCCAUCCUGGGGGAGAGGAGGCUCACCCAAUUCGGCUGUUCUGUCCCAUUAGCUGCUGAGUCUGUACCAUGAGAUACAAUUUGUACACUCUUCAAACGGAACCCUAAACAGGCAGAGAAGGGAGGCCCGGGGAAUAGCCAGCCCUCUCCACCAUCCUUCUCCACAUCACUCCGCUCCUCCUGCUGCAGAUUUCUUGUCUUGUUGUAUCUUUGAUAACUUGGAACACAAACCAAGCGAAUGUCAAAAUAAAGGAGAAAUUUUAA